GCGUCAGAAGCCUUGAUGCAUGUAAUGUGUGUGUACUGCAGCUGGAAUGGGCCUCAGACCAGAGAAAAGUGAUAAAGAAACUACCUCACUGGGAACAUCAUCACCAACCUGCGGUGGAUCUGACAGUGCAGCCCAUUCAUUAGGACUCAGUUCUAAGAUCAGUCACCCCGUAAGUCUUGAUCGCUCUGUCUCUGCUCCUGCUUCCAUCUGCUCCUCCAAGCCCAGCUUGCGAGAGAUUGUGGAUCCAAAAGCUGAAUCCCAGGUAAUCUCGGACAAGAAAGAAUGUCCUUCUCCUUUCCUGGACCUUUCUACCCAGGCCUCAUCAGACAGCACCAUGGAAGACCAGUCUGCAGGCUGUCCAAGGUCAGCUACUGCUCUAGAAAAUUCAUCAAAAGAAACAAUCAUGGCAGAUAAUCUGAAGAAAUCUCCAGUCAAGGAAAGCACUUCUAGCAUCAAACAGCUUCUUGAUACAGAACAAAAAGAUGAUUUGUCUGUCUUAACCACCCAGGUGCCCGAUCCACAACCUUUUCUAGGUGAGAAUGGCUCAUGUUCACCUUGCCAAGAACCAAGUCAGGGAACUGGCCUCCAACAACCCCCACAGCCAGGGAGUGAGUGGCCCAAGGUUGAAGCGCAGAGUGAAGUGGAUGGCCCACAAUUCCUCUGGAGCGCUGGGCUUGGCACUGCAUUGCAGCCCAGCCUUCCUCCCACCCAGCCAAGACGUGUUGAUGUACAAACUGAGAAUCACCAAGCUGAGCAGCAGAAGCUGGGCCUUCCACGUCCAGAAGACACUACUCCAUCGUCAGCAUCAUCUGGUGGCUCAUACACUGAAACAAUCAUGGAGGUAGAUGUGGCUGAGCAGUCCCUGGUAGCUGUCCAUAGCUUUACUAGUGGUCACGAUGUUGGCGUGGAGAAUGCUGGUGUUUCCGAUCUCACUUUAGAUAAUCCUUGGCUGGAAGCUGAGGCAUCAGAGCAUAGCUCCUCUUCUGUAAUUGUGAGUAAUCCUGUGUCAGCUAGCAAUUUGCAGCCCCCAGAAAGUAAUGUUGAAAUGUCAGAAACAAAUAGUGAAUUGCCGUAUUUAUUAAGGGAGAAUUGCUCUUCGUUAAGUCUGUCUGGUGAUGGACAGGCCUCCAUAGACCCUGCAGCACCUACAGAGGAGUCUGGUUUAUCUGUAACAGCUGCUUUGAAGGAGCUUCACCAACUUUUGGUCAUUAGUUGUCAAGAAUCUCCAGGAAAUCUUGUAUCUGAAGAAGUAAUCCAUCACAAGGAGACAGCAACUGAAGACCAAACUAACAUUAGGGAGAGAUCUGAGCAGCCACCUCCAAAUCAACAUCCUCCAGCUGUCCCGAAGGAGCAGGACCCUCAAGACUCCUCCCAUCAGGUGAAAUCUGUAGCAGUGAAGGCAGAGAUAUUAACUCCAGUGUCCCUGGGUGCUGGUGGAGAGAGUGGAGUCAGUGGAGAUUUGGAUGAAAGCCUGACAGCUGCACCAGAGGAUGUCCAGAAGGCACAGGAAUCAAGGAGGGAAAGCUGUUCUGUCACAGAGACAUCUGUAGAAACAUUGGGUCAGUUAAACUCAGCAGGGGCAGAAGUUUCACUCGGACACCUAGCAGGUGAGGGGAGUGCCAUCCUUCAGACUUCUCAGCAAACUGAGGCCUUGCUGUCCGAUUUCGCACCAGUCCACUCUCAGGACACUCAGUACCCAUUGACAGGAAUGCCUGAAAUCAGGGAAAGUGUCGUCUGUCCUGAAGCCACAAGGUCCCUUCACAGACUUGAGCAACUAGUCAGUCCCCCAGCAUCAAACCCCUCCCUUCUUCCGAGCCACCUUUUCCCUGCUGCAGACGUGGACCGGAUUCUUCGUGCAGGUUUUACUCUGCGAGAAGCUCUCGGGGCUUUGCAGCGUGGUGGUGGAAAUGUAGACCUCGCUCUUCUCAUUUUGCUGGCAAAGAACAUCAUCGUUCCUACAUAACCAUGGAAAAGGUGGACUUGACUAGUCCCCAUUCCUUUGAAAAAUAAAUAUCGAUAUAUAGAUGUGUGUAUACGAUGUACGUAGAAACCUGCAAGCAGAAUGUUGAGCCAGAUUUAUUUUUAAGAUUUUUAUUUUCGGCCAAAGUAAUUUAUGAUCUCUCGUCUAAUGAAGUUGUCUGUCACACUUGUUUAAAAUUUGGGCCUUUUUAAUGUAUUGGAAAUGUGUGCACAUGAGCUUUUUAUUCCCAUUAAUGAUGCAUUCUGGAAUAAAAUGGAUGGGUUUACAUAAAGCGUA